AUGGCCAUCUUCUUUGAUUCCCUUAAAAUAGCUUUGCUGUUUACCUUUCUUUUACUUCUUGAUCCGGCUGGUUGCAUUAAUUUCAAAAUAAAUCGCUUUGAUAAUGAUGCAACCAACAUAUUGUAUCAGGGUGAUGCAGUGCCUUCUGUUGGUGCUGUUGAAUUAAUUAACAAGCUUACUUAUUUAUGUCGGGUGGGUUGGGUCACCUAUGCAGAAAGUCUGCAGCUUUGGGACUACCAAACAGGGAAGCUUUCUGAUUUCUCAACCCAUUUUUCCUUCAUUAUUGAUACCCAAGGUCGCUCGUCUUAUGGCCAUGGGCUUGUAUUCUUUCUUGCUCCUGUAGGAUUUCAAAUUCCUCCAAAUUCUGCUGGGGGGUUCUUAGGCCUAUUUAACACUUCAACUAGUGACUCUUCUCAGAAUAAAAUUGUUACUGUGGAGUUUGAUUCCUUUCCAAAUCCAGAAUGGGAUCCUCCAGUUGAGCAUGUCGGAAUCAACAAUAAUUCUAUUGCUUCUGCUGUAUUCACUCCUUGGAAUGCUAGCUUUCACAGUGGAGAUACUGCUGAUGCAUGGAUUGCCUACAAUGCUACAACUAAGAAUUUAAGUGUGUUUUGGACUUAUCAAACCACCUCAAAUCCGCUAGAGAAUUCUACUCUAUCUUACACAAUUGAUCUCACGAAGGUUUUGCCAGAGCAGGUCACUAUUGGCUUUUCUGCUGCAACAGGUCAAAAUGGAGAACGACAUACGCUUCAAUCUUGGGAGUUCAGUUCAAGUUUGGAUAUAAAAGGAAAACAUGGAAACGGAUCAAAGAAGACAAAAAUAAUAGUUGGUGUAUCAGUCUCAGGAUGUCUUCUGAUAGCUGGGGUUAUCCUAGCCCUGUUGAUUUCACGGGGGAGAAAGCGAAUAAUGAGAAGGAGAAAAGCAGAGGCAACAGGCAUAGCUUCCAUUAAUGAAGACCUUGAAAGAGGAGCAGGACCAAGAAGGUUUUCUUAUGAGGACCUUGUUUCAGCCACCAACAACUUCUCUGACGACAGAAAGCUGGGCCAAGGAGGCUUUGGUGCUGUUUACAAGGGGUACCUGAAUGAUAUAGACAUGGCAAUUGCUGUGAAGAAAUUUUCAAGAGGCUCUAAACAAGGCAGAAAAGAGUACAUUACAGAGGUGAAAACCAUUAGCCAACUGAGACACCGGAAUCUGGUGCAGCUUAUUGGUUGGAGUCAUGAUAGAGGUGAGUUUCUACUGGUUUACGAGUUCAUGCCAAAUGGUAGCCUUGAUUUUCACCUGUUUGGCAAGAGGAGUCAUCUGACAUGGGCAGUGAGGUACAAAAUAUCACUUGGCUUGGCCUCAGCAUUGCUCUAUCUUCACGAAGAGUGGGAGCAAUGUGUGGUGCACCGAGACGUUAAAUCAAGCAAUGUAAUGCUAGACUCUAGUUUCAAUGUCAAGCUUGGAGACUUUGGGUUAGCUCGGCUUAUGGAUCAUGAACUUGGUCCCCAGACAACAGGGUUGGCGGGAACUCUGGGGUAUUUGGCUCCGGAAUACAUAAGCACUGGAAGGGCUAGUAAAUACUCUGAUGUAUACAGCUUUGGUGUGGUUGCGCUAGAAAUUGCGAGUGGUAGGAAGGCAACUGACUGCAUUCAACAGAAAUCAGGAGUAAGUUUGGUAGAAUGGAUUUGGGAUCUAUAUGGAUGUGGAAAGCUUCAUUUGGGCAUUGACAAGAAGAUCCUUAUAGAUUUUAACGAGAAAGAAGUAGAAUGUUUGAUGAUUGUUGGAUUAUGGUGUGCCCAUCCUGAUUGCAACGCCAGGCCAUCAAUAAGACAAGCAAUUCAAGUGUUAAAUUUUGAGGCUGCGAUCCCUAAUCUGCCUGCUAAAAUGCCUAUUCCUACGUUUUGUGUGUCUACACCAUCCAUUACUUCCACUGAAGCUUCUAUCACCAAUUCGAGUCUUGCAGUGGGUCGUUAAUUAACUGCAUAUGUCUUCAAUCAUCUUGGCGUGUGCUGAACAUUAAGACAACAAAUUUGGGAGUUGAAAUCAUUAGUUUGUUCUUUUUUUUCUAUUUUUCAUUAUUAUGUCUGUCUUAUAGUGAUCUAUCACAGUAAUUUGUAUAAUGACAGCUAAUUUUUAUGUUGUCUACUGAUCUUUUUUUGAAAGGAAAGGGGCGAAUAAGAAGAAGUUUGAAAAAUAAAAAUUUAAUGGUGAUGCCAAUUUAAACUAGAAUGG